AUGCCUCCUAAACCAGCCGUAGUAGAAAAGAAAGGCGAGAAGAGAGCAGGCAAAAAGGCUGCCAUCGGUGACAAGAAGAAGAGAAAGUCCAGAAGAAAGGAAUCCUAUGCCAUCUACAUCUACAAAGUCAUGAAACAGGUCCAUCCUGACACUGGUAUUUCCAGUAAGGCCAUGAGCAUCAUGAACUCCUUUGUGAAUGAUGUCUUCGAGCGCAUCGCUGGUGAAGCUUCCCGACUUGCUCACUACAACAAGAAAUCCACCAUCACUUCUCGAGAAAUCCAGACGGCUAUUCGUCUUCUUCUGCCUGGUGAACUGGCCAAGCACGCAGUCAGUGAAGGCACCAAGGCUGUCACCAAGUACACCAGCAGCAAGUAA